AUGUUACCUAAAUCGGGUUACUUUUUGAUAUGUAUGCUGGUUGUUCUGCUCUUCGUGGCCGGACUUUGGCAAGUCGAUCGAAGGCCAAUCUUCUACACAAAAGUUACGUUCAAUUACACAGAAAAAAUAGAAGAUACUUCUGCUUGGUACUGCGAUGAUCUGUACUUCAGUGUUCUAAAUCGCCACAUUCGCACCCAUGGCAGUGGUAGCCUCGACAAUUCCAACCCAAUGGCGUUGAAUUCCUCCCUUCAUGCAACGGACAUAAGGUUUCAUUUGUUCACGAGGAAAAAUCCCAACGUUAGCCAGCCCCUGCUGCCCACCGUGGAAUCGGUCAACGGAAGCUUCUUCAAUCGCACCAAUCCGACGCGUGUGAUCGUGCACGGUUUUUGCAACUGCCAGCAUUCGGACUUUUGCAAAAACGCCAAAGACGCGCUGCUGUACACGAACGAUGUCAACAUUAUCACCAUCGAUUGGAGUGACACCGUGGGCCUGUUGGAUUAUGUGCUGCUGCGCUGGCGGCUGGAUCAGGUGGCAGUAUCGUUGGCCGGUUUUGUCGAUUUCUUGCACAACACCACCGAACUGGAUCUCGGUGAGCUGUAUCUGAUCGGGCACAGCCUGGGGGCACAUUUGGCCGGGCUGAGCGGGAAAAAGUUAACGACCGGUCGGGCAGGAGCUAUAUUUGGCCUCGACCCGGCGGGACCUUUGUUUUCCAGCCGGGACACAUCGUCCCGACUCGCCAACACGGAUGCGGAGUAUGUUGAGGUGAUUCACACGAACGGGGGCACCCUCGGUAUGUACGAUCCCAUCGGGACGGCCGAUUUUUAUCCCAAUGGAGGGAAAAGCCAGCCCGGAUGCUUACCAUGGUUGUUUGGAAUGUCCUGCUCGCAUGGACGCGCUUGGGAGUUGUAUGCCGAGUCAGUCUACACGGCGGUUGGAUUCAAAGCAGUGCCAUGUGAUAAUAUCGAGCAAAUCGUGGAAAGUGUUUGCCGCGUAGAUCUGCCAACGGUAGAAAUGGGUGGAGAACCGGCGAAUAAAACUAAAGCUGGUAUCUUUGUGCUUUCGACCAAUAGUCGCUUUCCUUAUGCGAGGGGAUAA